AUGUUUAACAAGCCUCACCCAAGUAAGACUCUGAACGACCAACAUAGCGAUGCUUUCAUGGAGUGUAAUGAACAUCGACCUGUAUCAACAUUAAUUGUUCCACCAAAACAGCGACGGAGACAGCCACUGCAUCCACAGUACCAGUUGUUUUUUCCGCAUGUGCCACCAGUCUCUCAACGUACAAUAUAUCAGAACUAUCAAACGAACUCGACGACCAUGGCACCACUGUUUGAUAUAACUAACGGAGGCAUGCCUCCCACACGAUCAAAUCCAUCUCCACGUCCACGUCAGCAACGACCGUUCAAAAAUUCUUAUGCCUGGGCAAAUAUGUACAGUCGACCACUAAAGAAUAAAACAAAGUUUCAAACUAAUCCGAAACCAUCUAAGUCGAACGAGAACCCAAAGGCACUUAAAGAAUUAUUCUUAGAAAGAAAUAUAGAUUUAUCAAACUCGAAAAAACUUGGUUCGGGAAAGUACAGUAAUGUGAUUAGCGCUGAAUUUUUACCAACAAAGCUACCGAUUGCCAUAAAAGUGAUCGAAUCGCAAAAAAUUACGUAUGAUUUUCGUACCAAGUUUUUACCUAGAGAAAUAGAAUGCUGGAAGCGCUUGCAUCAUCCGAAUCUAGUCCAUAUAUUAGGCCAUUAUGAGACGAUAGAAUGCGUUUUCUUAGCUAUGGAAUACGGCAGUAGGGGAGAUUUGUUGACUUACGUUCAAAACCAUGGGCCUCUACCAGAGUACAGAGCUAGAGACUGGCUUCUUCAAAUUUUGAAUGGAGUAGCAUAUAUGCAUAGUCUCAAAAUUGUUCAUAGAGAUCUGAAAUUGGAGAAUAUUAUCAUUUUCUCCGAUAGUUUGAUCAAAAUCAGUGAUUUCGGGUUCUCUAAAAUGGUUUCUAACGAUUAUUCUAGGACAUAUUGUGGCUCUAAAUCGUAUUCUGCUCCUGAGAUUCUUUUAGGGCAACCGUAUAACCCUUUCAAAGCAGAUGUUUGGUCAAUAGGAGUGAUCGCAUAUGUAAUGGUUACUGAUUGCAUGCCUUUUAAUGAAACUCUACCUAAUGGAAGUAUCAUCAAUAGUCAAAGGAAAAGAGAUUACAAAUUUGAUAUCCAUUUGGGUGUUUCGUCUGAUUGUAUGUCCUGCAUUGAUCGAAUGCUGACUUUCCAUGUUAAUGAGAGACCUGAUGUUUAUAAGUGCUUACAACUUCCUUGGAUGUGCGCCGUCUACCGCAAGAGCGACUUUUUCUGA